AUGGCUUCCUCCACUGUCGCCUCCGCCCCCUUCCUCCCGUCGCUCCCCAGUCCAAACCACAGGCGCCUCUCCCUCCGCUACCCCGCUCGCCGUCUCGGGGUGGCCGCCUCCGCGGCUCCUAAGGGCGCGGCAGCGUCGGAGGCGGCGAGGGAGCGCCGGCGUUUCCUGGAGCGUUACGGCCUCAACCCUGACGACUUUGAGGAAGAUGCCGAGCCGGAUCCCAGGGAAGAGAGGAGGAGGGAGAGGCGGACGCGGCGGUCGGGGGGAGGGGAGGGGGAGGCCGCUGUUGCUCCUGCCAGGCCGGUGGAGCGCCGGGAGACUCAUAAGAUGCUCCAGGUACUAGCUGGGAAAGUACGCAGAAGAAAACUACUAUCACCAAAAGAUAGGAAUGUCCGUCCAAUGAUGGAAGUUGUCCGAGGAGCAGCCUUUGACAUUAUACAAUCAGCUGGUGGUUCUCCUGCUUCACUCAAACCUGGUCUGUGGUUAGACUUGUACAGUGGUACUGGAUCUGUAGGAAUUGAAGCUAUGAGCCGAGGCUGUUCACAGGCACAUUUUGUUGAGUUGGACCCUUGGGUUAUUUCUGAGGUUCUUAGACCUAAUCUGGACUGUACUGGAUUUCUUGAUACUUCACACAUACAUAUGCUCCGUGUCGAGAACUUCUUGGACAAUGCUGAAAAAUCUAAAGGUAGAUAUCCUUCUUUUGAUUAUAUUAGUGUAACACCACCAUAUGUUGAGGUCAACUACAGUACACUACUCGAUCAGCUUGCAAGGUCCCCGUUGGUUGGAGAAGAUUGCUUCAUUCUAGUUGAGUACCCACUCAAAACAGAUAUGCCUGAAUCCUGCGGAAAGCUAAUAAAGAUAGCUGACAGGAAGUUUGGGCGGACAAACCUGCUGAUUUAUGGGCCGACCUGGUCAGAGAAAAAGAAAGGAAGGAUCCUGAGAUAA